AUGUCCUCAGUUGGUCGGCAAAUGUCAGCACGUCCGUCGUCGUCGCAUCCGCAGACCGGCAUAUCUCACGGGUGGACUGCCCAGUCACGGCUGACGACUGCGAGACCCCAAACGGCUGCGUCUUCUAGGCAUGAAGCCAAUUAUAUAAUCGCCGUGUUGGAAGGUCGCGGGGUGGCUCGCGAAGUCGGUAUUUCUGCUUUGGAGAAAGAAACCGGGAGAGUUUUCUUGGCACAACUCGCGGACAGUCCCACCUAUGUCAAGACACUGCACCAGAUACAUCUUCGCGCGCCGUCACUUAUACUUGUACCUGAUACAUUUCUGUCCGUGUCCGAUGCUACACUUGCCUCUGGAAGCAAGAGGCCAUCGUCGACAUCUGUUCUUGUGCAAUGCCUGAUGGAAGAAUUCAACGUACCGAUGGAGUCUGUUUCAAGAAAAUACUGGAAUGAGAAUGCUGGCCUGGAAUUCGUAAACCAGCUUACUGUUGACGAUGACGAACGUGCGGCUAUGCUCGUUGCCGUGUCGAGCAAAUACUAUGCUCUAUCCGCGGCUAGCGCACUCUUCAAACAUGCGGAAGCAAAGCUAAAUUUACGAUUUUCAGCCGCUUCGCUUCUCAUAAGAUAUGUCCCAAUAGACGGAACAAUGAUGAUCGAUCCAGAAACAGCUCGCAAUCUUGAGCUUAUCGGCAAUGCUUCCUACAAAAAAUCUUCCCACUCAUUAUUUGGACUAUUCAACCACACGCAUACGGCCAUGGGCGCCCGUUUGAUACGUACAAAUAUUCUCGCUCCCAUCACAGUUCACUCCUCCAUAGAGGCACGCUUAGAUGCUGUUGAAGAACUUGUCCAGACAGAGUGUUGUUUCAAUGACGUGAAGCAAGCCCUCAAGACUUUGAACAAAAUAGAUCUUGACAAGCUCAUUUGCUCACUCGCUUCGUCAGAAGCACGGGAGGCGAGCACCGCCAAACCAGCUGCGGCUCGUGUGGCUCAAAUGCUGAAUCUGCGUAACAUCGUGAACGUAUUACCGGGAAUUGCAAAGGCUCUCGAAGGAAGUAGGUCUCAAAUGCUGAGGAUCAUAGCAGAGAUGGUGUCCGACGACCGAUUGAGUAAAAUCGAACGGCUCAUCUGCGAAAGCCUGAAUGAGGAUGCCACGCCAGCAAAGGGAGGUCUUGGUGCGAUAAACGCUCGUGUGUAUGCUGUGAAGGCUAAUUUCAAUCGUCUACUGGACGUUGCGCGAGAGACCUACAAGGAGAAUGUUGGCGAUAUCUUCGCUCUGAACCGCGACCUCUCACAUCAACAUAAUCUUCCCAUCACUCUAAUCUCGCAAGAUGCAGGAUUUGUCUUUGCUCUAAAGAAGGAUGACUUGGAUGGUGAACUCCCACGAGGCUUUCUCAACGUCAACAAGCAGAAGGGACGCUGGCUAUUUUCUUCAUUAGAACUCAAGAAGCGAAAUGCUCGAAUGAAGGACGCUUUGGAUGAGACUUUGAUUCUCAGUGAUAGCACCUCCGAUAGAAUUAUACAAGAGUUGACUGCGGAGAUUAUUCUCGACAUUGGCGCUUUGUACAAAGCGUCAGAAGCCGUUGCCAUUCUUGAUAUGCUCUGGUGUUUUGCGCAUGUUUCUAUUCUACGCCCUGAGUUCACGGGAACACUGGCAAUCAAAGCGGGGCGUCAUCCGGUCCUAGAAUCCGUGCAAGCGGCUGGAACUCUUGUACCAAACGAUGCUUAUUGCUGUGAGGCGUCUUCGUUUCAAGUCGUGCAAGGCCCAAACAUGUCUGGCAAAAGCACAUACUUACGGCAAAUCGGCCUACUGACGACCAUGGCAAUGUGUGGAUGCUUCAUCCCGGCAGAAUACGGCAGUUUCAGAUUGCAUGAUGCUCUUCUUACUCGCCUGUCAAAUGAUGACGACAUGGAAAAGAGUCUGAGCACGUUUUCCAACGAGAUGGCAUCUUCUGCGAUGAUAUUAGGCAUUGCCACUGCAGAUUCAUUGGUCCUUAUUGACGAAGUUGGCCGCGGCACCUCCCCUAGCGAGGGCGUCGGAAUCUCGCACGCGAUCGCCGAGGAGCUCAUAAAAAUCAAACCCUCGAUUGUUCACCUACAUCUAGCUGUUCAGAGGUCUCGCAGAACAAACUCCAACUUCGGGAUGACGUUUCAAUACAGAAUUGUGGACGGCGCCCCCGAAGAUAUGAGCCAUUAUGGCUUAGAGCUAGCAAGGCUUGCUGACCUGCCCGAGGAUGUGCUCGUGGAAGGUAGGAGGAUAGCAGAGAAUCUAACAGCACUCCAUGCAAAAGAAGAGCAAGAGAGCCGAACAAACAAGGUCGCAAUCCGGCGAAAGGCCUUAUUGAGGCUGCGUACACAACUCACUCAGGCUUUGAAUCAUUCUGCACUUCCAGAUUUAGAGCUGACCGAGUUUCUGGCCCGUAUCCAGAAAGAAGUUGUUCAUGUCUUGCACGACACAUUGUAG